AUGUCACAGAAAUAUUUGAAUUUGAGACAGCGCAAAUGGCCCUAUUUGUUGAAAGACUACUACUUGGUAAUUGAUUAUCAUCUAGGAACUGCUAAUGUUGUUGCUGAUGCUUUCAGUAGAAAGUCUCUGUUUUCUUUGCGAGCUUUGAACACGCCGUUGACGUUGAUUGAUGAUUGUUCAACUUUAGUUGAGCUGAAAGCUAAACUGAUGUUUUUGCAACAAAUUUGCAAAGCUCAAAAAUGUGACGAUGUGUUGAUAGCUAAAUGGAAACAGAUUGAGACGACACCUAAUUUAUAUUUUCAUGUCAGUUCCGAUGAUAGUUUGUAUUUUAAAGGCAGAAUUUACGUUCUGAGAAAUUCUGAUCUCGUCCAGAACAUUUUACAAGAAGCUUAUAGUAGUAGCUUGUCUAUUCAUCCUGGUAGUAAUAAAAUGUACGACAAUUUGAAACAAAUGCACUGGUGUCCAGUACGUACAAUUUUUUUACUUGAGAGAUUAUUCAAGCUGUACGUAGCUGAGAUUGUUAGAUUGCACGAUAUGCCAGUUUCCAUUAUUUCUGAUAGCGAUCUGCGAUUUGCGUCUCAGUUUUAG